AUGGUCAACGACCGGUGGAAGACCAUGGGCGGCGCUUCCCAACUUGAGGACCGGCCGCGUGACAAGCCGCAGUGGCCGAGCUGCGGCUACGUGCUGUGCACGGUGCUGCUCUCGCUGGCGGUGCUGCUGGCCGUGGCCGUCACGGGCGCCGUGCUCUUCCUGAACCACACCCACGUGCCAGGCACGGCGCCCCCGCCCGUCGUCAGCACCGGGCCCGCAGGUGCCAACAGCGCCCUGGUCACCGUGGAGAGGGCCGACAGCUCGCGCCUCAGCAUUCUCAUCGACCCGCGCUGCCCCGACCUCGCGACGGUCGCCAGAAGGGAGGGAGCCAAGGAAUACGUGGGAUGAGGCAGGGCGGAGAUUAGGACAGAGACGGAGGAGGGGGAGAGGGAGAGGGAGAUUCUGGACACGAUGGUGACCAGCUGCAGGAUGAUGGCGGGCCUACGAGAUGCAGGCGGAGUGUGUGGGCUGCGGAAGGGCCUCGGCGUGCUGGGCCAGGGGCUCGGCGCCCUGCAGAGCGAGCAGGGCCGCCUCAUCCAGCUUUUCUCCGAGAGUCAAGGCCACAUGGCUCACCUGCUGAACUCGGUCAGUGACGUACUAGACGCCCUGCAGAGGGACCGGGGGCUGGGCCGGCCCCGCGUCAAGGCUGACCUUCAGAGGGCGCCUGCCAGGGGAUUGCGGCCCCGGGGCUGCGCCAGCGGCUCUCCGCCACGCGACUGCCUGGACGUGCUCCUGAGCGGACAGCGGGAGGAUGGCAUUUACUCAGUCUUCCCACACUACCCUGCCGGCUUCCAGGUCUACUGUGACAUGCGCACGGACGGCGGCGGCUGGACGGUGUUUCAGCGCCGGGAGGACGGCUCCGUGAACUUCUUCCGAGGCUGGGAAGCGAACCGGGACGGCUUCGGCAAGCUCACGGGGGAGCACUGGCUCGGGCUCAGGAGGAUCCACGCUCUGACCACGCAGGCCGCCUACGAGCUCCACGUGGACCUCGAGGACUUCGAGAACGGCACGGCCUACGCCCGCUACGGGAGCUUUGGCGUGGGCCUGUUCUCCGUGGACCCGGAGGAAGACGGCUACCCGCUCACCGUGGCCGACUACUCGGGCACUGCAGGGGACUCCCUCCUGAAGCACAGCGGCAUGAGGUUCACCACCAAGGACCGCGACAGUGACCACUCGGAGAACAACUGCGCGGCCUUCUACCGCGGCGCCUGGUGGUACCGCAACUGCCACACGUCCAACCUGAACGGGCAGUACCUGCGGGGCGCGCACGCCUCCUACGCCGACGGCAUCGAGUGGUCCUCCUGGACCGGCUGGCAGUACUCGCUCAAGUUCUCCGAGAUGAAGAUCCGGCCGGUCCGCGAGGACCGCUAGCUGGGCGCU